AUGGAAAAGUCAAACAAAACUCUCACUUAUUGGGAGUCUGCGAAAUAUAUAUUAACUAUAGUGACUAGCAAUCCUUUAUUUAAAAUAGUCCUUUUACCGAUUAUUUUACUUUCUGUUCUAGCGGCCAAAUUUGUGGUAUAUGUUUUAAUGGUUGUUGCUGAUAUUGAUAUGUAUUUUUCUACCUCCAUAAAAAAAGAAUCACCGGAAGCUUUGAUGAUAAGAUAUAUGUGUACACCUUUUUUUCAUUAUGUUAUCAUAUUACUUAAUGAAAUUAUAAUUUCAUUUUUUAUAUCUUCUAUUAUAAGACAAUCGUUUUGUGCGUUUACAAAUGAAUAUGUUCUUGUAAAUUAUGACACGUUUCAUUCCCUCGGAUCUGGGCAAAUACACGCUAUUAUUCAGAGAAGGCUUUUUGCUAUCGAAGAUUUUUUAAAACUUCUUAUUUUGAAUGUUUUUCACGACUUAACUUUUAUUUGUAUAGCUUUUUAUAAAGUAUAUACAGAUAUAGAUCAUAGAGCAUUUUAUGCCAAUGUAUUGUUAUUUAUAGUAUACUUAGUAAUAAUGUGGUAUAUUAUUAAAAUGAGAGUUUAUUUUAGAUUAAAGUUUAACGAUACUUAUAAUAUUGUGUCAAAUAAAUGUUAUUCAAUUCUCGUAAACUAUGAUGUCAUAAAAUCAUAUACAAAUGAAGAAUUAGAACUAAAGAAGCUUGAUGAAAACCUGCAAAAAGUACAGUAUCAAAGUAUUAUUUUCAGUUGUAUAACUUCUUUCGCCGAAUUUGCGCAGAAAAAUGCAUUGGUUAUACCUAAUGGUUACAUCUUGUACCUUGCACUGACUAAUACUAUUUUUACUAAAAUGAAUAGUUCAUCGGGGUUCUUGUUAUACAAUAAACUUUUUUUAGAUGUUAAAACUAGAGUUUCAAAAAUCACUCAAGAUGUAUUAAAGGUUUCCCAAUGUAUGACAGAUAUUUCAGAUUCUCGAAUUGUAGAAGCUAAAUUAGAUGAAGAAUAUAGAGGUAUCAAUAUUACUUCUUUUAAAAAAUCCAUUGUAUUUGACAAUGUUGAUUUAUAUAUUAAUAAUUUAAAGAUCUGUAUUGGUAUUAACCUUACAAUAAACAAAGGAGAUAAAAUUGCUAUUGUAGGAAAAAAUGGAAGUGGAAAAUCAACUUUUUUAAAUGCUUUGUUACGAAUGAGGGAAUAUGAAGGAUCAAUUCAAUUUGAUGAUAUUGAAAUGGACAAAAUUAGUAAAUAUUCACAGCGAAAUAUUAUCUCUUACAUUCCCCAGAAUCCUGGUAUCAAAGAGGGCACCAUCCUUGAAAAUCUUAAAUAUGGCAAAAGUAACAUUUCCGAUGAAAAAAUAUUUGAUAUUUGUAAAGAAUACGGAUCUCAUAAAAUAUUUUCUAAUUUAUCAGAGGGUUAUCACACUGAAGCUGGUGAAAUGGGCAAAUAUCUCAGCGGUGGUCAAAAACAAAGAGUUAGUUUUAUCAGAGGUGUUAUAAAAAAUGGAGACAUUUUCAUUUAUGAUGAACAUACAUCCAAUCUGGAUUCUUCUUCUCAAAAUGAGCUUAUUGAUUAUAUUUUUACUUCGCUUAAAUUUAAAACUUCUAUAGUCAUUUUACAUAAGCAGUCUCAUUUAGAAAAGUUUGAUAAAAUAUUUGGUUUUUAUAAUGGCAAGAUUCGGGUUUAUAAUAAUUACAAUAAAUAUCUAGAAGAUCAUCAUUUAUAUUAA